AUGGAAAUGUCAUGGUUGUCAAAAUGUGAUAACACUAACACAGCGGUACGUACGCAGCAUAGUAACAUAGUUUGCGAAACAUCGAACGCUUACGAGAAUGUAGAGGAUAAUCAUGAGUACAAUAAUAUCACUAUGCGGACAGCCCAAAAAUUUAUUAUUGAUAACUUAGAUUCAGAGACUAUGUUAAACGUUAAAAGUCUUCGCAAAAUCAUUAAGGAGGAAAUAACGGCUGCUCAUAAAUCAGUAAUCCAAGUGCAAGUAUCGGAACAGUUGGACAUAAUUAAACAGCAAAUUGCAACUUUACACGAAUCGAUGACAUUAUUUAAUGAAAAGUUUGAUGAAUUGAAAAGAAAUCUUGCAUAA